UGAACGUGUGGCAUGUUUUUGAGUGAAUAGUUCCACACACAAAGAACCGGCAAUUGAAGAAGACAGAACGAAGAACCUGCAACACCAUGUUCAAUUCAAUGAUAAACAACAAUUUCAACACAUCAUAGUUAAUUUCACAGACCAAACAAAAACCAAUGAAAACAUCAUCAAAAUCUUCAUCUUCAACAUGGAAACAAGUUUCAGAAUUACUCACAGUAGCUUCCAUAACCAAAACCCUUUCAAAAAACCCAACACAAACACCACCACAAACCAACCUCACACAAACCCUAAUCCACAAAAUCCUCUCAAACCCAUCACUUCACAUUUCUCACAAACUCAAUUUCUUCAAUUCCAACAACAACAUUCAUCAUUCUUCACUCUCUUACUCACUCAUUUUCAACAAUCUUUGUAACCCCAAAACCCCUUUUUCACUCCUCCAUCAACACCUCCCUCACCUUCUUCAUUCCAUGAAACAAAAUGGUAUUGUUUUCGAUUCGAAUUCGUUCAAUACCCUCCUUAAUUUUCUUAUCAAAUUUGGUGUUUCUCAUAACAAUAAUAGUAAAAACUUUCACUUUGUUAUUGAUAUUUUGGAUUAUAUUCAAACACAAAAUCUUCAUCCUGUUGAUACUACACCUUUUAUUUAUAAUUCUCUGUUAAUUGCUUCUAUAAAGAAUAAUCAAAUUCCACUUGCUUUGUCAAUUUUUAAUAAUAUUAUGACACUUGGUGAUGAUGAUUGUUUGAAUUUGGAUUCUGUUAUUGUUGGUUCGUCGAAUUACUUACUUUCGGUUUUAAGAAAAGCCCGGAUGAAGAAAGAGUUUGAGAAUGUGUUUAAUAGGUUGAGGGAAAGGAAAAGUUUUGAUUUUGAUUUGUGGGGUUAUAAUAUUUGUAUUCAUGCUUUUGGUUCUUGGGGUGAUUUGGUUACUUCUAUGAAGCUUUUUAAUGAGAUGAAGGAGGAUAAGAAUUUGUUUGGACCUGAUAUGUGUACUUAUAAUUCGGUUUUGUCGGUUCUCUGUAAGGUUGGGAAGAUUAAUGAUGCACUUAUUGUGUGGGAUGAGCUUAAAGGGUGUGGUUAUGAACCGGAUGAGUUUACUUACACGAUUCUCGUUCGGGGUUGUUGUAGGACUUAUAGGAUGGAUGUGGCGUUGAGGAUUUUUAACGAGAUGAAGGAUAAUGGGUUUCGUCCAGGUGUGCUUGUGUAUAAUUGUGUUUUGGAUGGUUUAUUCAAGGCUGCGAAGGUUAAUGAAGGGUGCCAGAUGUUUGAGAAAAUGGCUCAAGAAGGGGUGAAAGCUUCUUGUUCGACUUAUAAUAUUCUGAUUCAUGGACUUAUUAAGAAUGGAAGAUCAGAAGCUGGUUAUAUGCUUUUUUGUGAUCUUAAGAAGAAAGGUCAAUUUGUGGAUGGGAUUACUUACAGCAUUGUUGUGUUGCAACUUUGUAAAGAGGGUCUAUUGGAAGAGGCUUUGGAGUUGGUGGAGGAAAUGGAAGCUAGAGGGUUUUCUGUUGACCUUGUAACGAUAACGUCUCUCUUGAUUGGGAUUCAUAAGUACGGUCGUUGGGAAUGGACUGAUAGGCUCAUCAAGCAUGUCAGGGAAGGCGAUUUGUUACCUGGUGUUCUCAGGUGGAAGGCUGGAAUGGAAGCUUCUAUCAAUAAUUUUCAUUCCAAGGAAAAGGAUUACUCAUCAAUGUUCCCUUCCAAAGGAGGUUUUUGUGAGAUCAUGAGUUUCAUAACUCGUUCCCGAGAUGAGGAUGAUGAGGUGGAAACUUCGUCUGAACAAAUUGAUGAGUGGUCAUCGUCUCCACACAUGGAUAAAUUGGCCAAGCGUGUUGUGAAUUCAACUGGCAAUGCUUCUCGAAUGUUUACUCCUGACCGUGGACAAAGAGUUCAACAAAAAGGGUCUGAUUCUUUUGAUAUUGAUAUGGUGAAUACUUUCCUGUCUAUAUUUUUGUCAAAGGGAAAGUUAAGCCUCGCUUGCAAAUUGUUUGAGAUUUUCACCGACGCGGGCGUUGAUCCUGUCAGUUAUACAUAUAAUUCUAUCAUGAGCUCAUUUGUUAAAAAGGGCUAUUUCAAUGAAGCUUGGGCUAUUCUGAGUGAAAUGGGAGAAAAGCUCUGCCCGACCGAUAUAGCGACGUACAAUAUGAUAAUUCAAGGUUUAGGAAAGAUGGGAAGAGCGGAUCUAGCCAGUGCUGUUCUUGACGGGCUACUGAAGCAAGGCGGUUAUCUUGACAUAGUUAUGUAUAACACUCUCAUUAAUGCUUUGGGAAAGGCAGGCAGAAUUGAUGAGGUGAACAAGUUCUUUGAGCAAAUGAAGAGCAGCGGGAUAAAUCCUGAUGUUGUCACUUAUAAUACUUUGAUUGAGAUUCACAGUAAGGCUGGCCGACUGAAGGAUGCUUAUAAGUUCUUAAAAAUGAUGAUCGAUGCUGGAUGCACCCCUAACCAUGUUACGGAUACGACUUUAGAUUAUCUAGUACGGGAAAUUGAUAAAUUGAGAUACCAAAAGGCAUCGAUUUUGAGCAAAAAAGAUGAUCCUUCUUGAGGGGGGAUAAGAUUCUAACAGUAUAUGCAACUGGAAGUUUGUUAUAUAGUAACUUUUAUAUAACUUCAAGUUAUGGUCUGCGCCUUUUAGUUGUUACUGUGAUCAAAUGUAGUGUAUAUUGUUGCUGUGAAACUGCAGCGAUUAUACUUAAAGCUCACGGAUAAGAAUUCUGGAUCAUUUACAGAUUCAAUCCGACCUUUAAAGUUCACAUAUCCUGCAAAUUCGUUUCCAUCUUUGAUCUGAUAAGUCUAUUGAGUGGUCAGUGGCCACUAAUUGCUUGGAUAAUGAGUUGCACUUAUCAUACAUGUGCUGUUUUCAUAUUCAAAGCAGGGCAUGAGAAUUGGUGGUAAAUCGCGUUGGUUCUAACUUCUAAGGUAGAGGAUUGGUCGAGAAGUUUGACACAUGAAAGAUUUUUUGUUUGCCAAUUUGUAAAUCCAAAUCCUGGCUAUAGAUAUCAGAUGAAUAAUAUAUGAAGCUGCUGAAAAUGAAAGGUUUUUUGGUUGGCAAGUUAUAAAUCCAAAUCUUGGCAUGUGCUGCUGACGGUUUUGUUGGGUUGAUAGAAGUCCGGUGCUUUGUUUUUGCGGGUAUUGGCUUUGUUUGCUGCUACUUCGGUUGGGGGAUUUUGUGCUUUUGUUUCCUCACAGUUGCUGUUAGUGUUAUCUGUCAGUUGCGUGGCCUUUUUAAUUCAGCUUCUGUUUUUGUGUGGGUGUUGCGGUGCCGCCUAUAUACGGCACCUUGUAUUGCAGUUUUGAUCUCCUAUGUUCGUCUUGUGUGGGGAGCCUUAAUAAUAUAUGCUGUUUCAAAAAAAAAAAAAAAAAA